AUGGAACAAGGUUGUUUCUCGUCCGCCAGCAGCCUUCCGCUCCAAACUCCCUCCGCCUCCUCUCACAACCCGCUCGCCGGUGCACAGUCCCACCAGCCCGGCAACGGCGGCAUGAAGCUCGAGGCGGUCAUGGAGAACCUUCAGCGGCAACAGGCAGCGCGGCUGGCCAUGGAGGAGAAGCUCCGGCAGGCGGAGACGGAGAAAGAUCUUCGUUCCAUGGUGGAGUCCCAGAUACACCAACAAGCAUUGGCUUUUCGCCACUACCAGGCGGCGAUGCGAAGCGCCAUGAGUGCCGGAGUUACCAACUCGUCCUCAGGAGUGACGCUCCCACACAUGGAGGUUCCCAAAGCGGAUGACGACGGGGGGUGCUCCAGACCGGGUAGCGACGAUAAGGAACGUGACGAGGAGGAAGAUGACAUAGUUGAGCAUGAAAUAAUGAAUGAAGAGGAUGAGGGCGAAGACGAUGUCGGGUUGCACCACUACCAGCACCGACACAACUCGCUCCAGGAAGAAUAUCUGCCGACGCAGAGCGCUCCGAUGCACCUAAUGGACCGAGUCCCGGUAGCCUUCGCUCCGGUCCGCCGCGCAGAGUCUCCAUCGGCGCGUCCCCAGUCCCAGCACCACGAGUGGACUUAUGAGGAGCAGUUCAAACAGUUGUAUGAAUUGGAUAAUGAUGAAAAGCGCAAAGAGUUUCUUGAUGACCUUUUCAGUUUCAUGCAGAAACGAGGGACUCCAGUGAAUCGGAUUCCUAUCAUGGCCAAGCAGGUGUUAGACCUCUACAUGCUCUACAAGCUCGUCACAGAAAAAGGCGGCUUAGUGGAAGUCAUCAAUAAGAAAAUAUGGCGUGAGAUCACCAAAGGCCUUAACCUUCCUACCUCCAUUACCAGUGCAGCUUUCACUCUCCGAACACAGUAUAUGAAAUAUCUCUACCCAUAUGAAUGUGAAAAGCGGGGACUGAGCUCCCCUGGUGAGCUUCAGGCAGCUAUCGACAGCAACCGUCGGGAAGGCCGUCGGCAGAGCUAUGGCUCCACUAUCUUUAAUUACUCUCCUGUGGGCACACCCACCCUCCUGUCUUCACCAAAGAUACAGAUGUCUCACCUGUCUGUGCCCACUCACAACAGUGGCCACAUCUCUGAGGUGCCUGUCAUCAAGAAAGUCUUUUUCUCUACAGAGGAGCCCAUGAUGGCCAGUUGCCUUCCUAGCCGAAUGGCCCUCCCUAUCUCACCCGGUGGCCAUCGCACUGCAGCUGUGGCUGCCCAAGCAGCGGCAGCUCAGGCAGCAGUGGCGGUUCAGGCAGCAGCCCUGGAACAGCUUAGAGAGAAGCUGGAGUGUGGUGAACCACCAGAGAAAAAGAUGAUGUACGUGGCAGAGGAGCAGCAGAUAAUCAUGCAGCAUGCCUUGCACCAGAACCUACUGGCAAUGGCCACCCAGCUGCCCCUCAACAUCAAACUCAACAACAGAGAUGAUAGACAAGAGACCGCAUUGAACCUGUCUACCAACGGCAUUAGCAGCAUCAACAUGUCAAUAGAAAUAAAUGGAGUUGUCUACACAGGUAUCCUUUUUGCUCGGCAGUCAGCCAUAGCAGCGAUGACGGGGCACCAUGGGAAACACAGCAACUGUCAGACUCAGGGGAAGAUGAGUCCCACACAGUCCCAGCCCUCCUGCUCCUCAUCAUCUUCCACAUCUUCCUCACUCUGUGGGCACAGAAACUCCUCCCCCUGA